GGCGGUCGCGUGACGGGCCGGCCGGGCGCUGCUCGCCAAGAUGGCGGACGAGGAGGGCGAAGGGCCGCCGCGCUCGGCCGCCGCGCCGCACCGGAACGGCGGCGGUGAGGGGGCCCCGGCGGGGCCGGGCGGCCCCCGCGUGGUCCGCAUCGUCAAGUCGGAGUCCGGUUACGGCUUCAACGUGCGCGGCCAAGUGAGCGAGGGCGGCCAGCUGCGGAGCAUCAACGGCGAGCUGUACGCCCCGCUGCAGCAUGUCAGCGCCGUGCUGGGCGGCGGGGCGGCCGACCGCGCCGGGGUGCGCAAGGGGGACCGCAUCCUGGAGGUGAACGGGGUGAACGUCGAAGGAGCAACACACAAGCAAGUGGUGGACCUGAUUCGUGCAGGAGAGAAGGAGUUAAUUCUGACGGUGCUGUCCGUGCCUCCCCACGAGGCAGAUAAUCUGGAUCCCAGCGAUGACUCUUUGGGGCAGUCAUUCUACGACUACACGGAAAAACAAGCUGUGCCCAUCUCCAUCCCCACGUACAAGCACGUGGAGCAGAACGGCGAGAAGUUUGUGGUCUACAAUGUUUACAUGGCGGGCCGCCAGCUCUGCUCGAAGCGGUACCGGGAGUUUGCCAUCCUGCACCAGAACCUGAAACGGGAAUUUGCCAACUUCACUUUUCCGCGUCUCCCGGGGAAGUGGCCGUUCUCUUUGUCAGAGCAGCAGCUGGACGCCCGGCGGCGAGGGCUGGAGGAGUACCUGGAGAAAGUGUGCUCGAUACGUGUCAUUGGGGAGAGCGACAUCAUGCAGGAGUUCCUGUCCGAGUCGGAUGAGAAUUACAACGGCGUCUCGGACGUGGAGCUCCGAGUGGCGUUACCAGAUAUAACAACAGUGACAGUCAGAGUCAAAAAGAACAGCACCACAGACCAGGUGUACCAGGCUGUGGCUGCGAAGGUCGGAAUGGACAGUAUUACCGCAAACUACUUCGCCUUGUUUGAAGUGAUCAAUCACUCCUUCGUGCGCAAACUGGCGCCCAAUGAAUUUCCCCACAAACUCUACGUGCAGAACUACACCUCGGCGGUGCCGGGAACGUGCCUGACCAUCCGAAAAUGGCUCUUCACUACAGAGGAGGAGGUUCUUCUCAAUGACAAUGACCUGGCGGUCACCUACUUCUUCCACCAGGCUGUUGAUGAUGUCAAGAAAGGCUACAUCAAAGCGGAGGAGAAGUCCUACCAGUUACAGAAGCUGUGUGAGCAGAGAAAGAUGGUCAUGUAUUUAAACAUGUUACGGACGUGUGAGGGUUACAACGAGAUCAUCUUCCCCCAUUGCUCCUGCGACUCUCGGCGGAAGGGACAUGUCAUCACAGCCAUCAGCAUUAAGCACUUUAAACUCCACGCCUGCACGGAGGAGGGCCAGCUGGAGAACCAGGUAAUAGCAUUCGAAUGGGACGAAAUGCAGCGGUGGGACACGGACGAGGAGGGAAUGGCGUUUUGUUUCGAAUACGCACGAGGAGAGAAGAAACCCCGAUGGGUUAAAAUCUUCACCCCCUACUUCAACUACAUGCAUGAAUGCUUCGAACGGGUUUUCUGCGAGCUCAAGUGGAGGAAGGAGGUGGAGGAGGAAGCAACAGACAAGGAUAACAAGAACUGCAGCAAAGACAGUAUGUGCAGCGAGAAUAUCUUUCAGAUGGUCAGGUCACAGCAGAGGGACGCGGCCACUUAGCCCCUCGCCACGGAAGAACGUAACCCCCCCCUCCCCCAAUUAACACUUAUAAUUCUGUUAUUGUAUUAAAGCCCUUAAACUAAAUAUUAUUAAUAAUAAUA